GAGAGCGGGCGGAGGUCGCGGGAGCGCCGCAACAUGGCGGCGGCGGGCAGCGGCGGGAGCCGGGCGGACAACGGUUACGGCGGGCAGCAGCCGCGGCGGAAGAAGGGCCCGGGAGCCCUGGCCACGGCCUACCUCGUCAUUUACAACGUGGUGAUGACGGCGGGGUGGCUUGUGAUUGCUGUGGGGCUAGUUCGAGCAUACCUGGCUAAAGGUAGCUACCAUAGCCUCUACUACUCCAUAGAAAAGCCCCUGAAAUUCUUCCAAACUGGAGCUUUGCUUGAGAUUCUGCACUGUGCCUUUGGCAUUGUUCCCUCUUCUGUUGUUCUGACUGCUUUCCAAGUGAUGUCAAGGGUUUUCCUGACCUGGGCAGUAACACAUAGUGUAAAAGAGGUACAAACUGAAGACAGCGUCCUGUUGUUUGUGGUGGCCUGGACAAUCACAGAGAUAAUCCGUUACUCUUUUUACACCUUCAGCUUGUUAAACCAUCUCCCUUAUCUCAUUAAAUGGGCCAGGUACACUUUGUUUAUAAUAUUGUAUCCAAUGGGAGUCUCUGGGGAAUUACUCACAAUAUAUGCUGCAUUACCCUUCGUCAGGCAGUCUGGCUUGUAUUCCAUUAGUUUACCUAAUAAGUACAACUUUUCUUUUGACUAUUAUACAUUCCUGAUCCUGGUUAUGAUCUCUUACAUUCCACUCUUUCCCCAGCUGUAUUUUCACAUGCUACGUCAGAGGCGAAAGGUGCUUUCCCACACUGAAGAACACAAGAAGUCGGAGUAAUUUCAAUUCUUUCAGAACUUUUCAAACAUUGAAAUGCUGCAGAUUUUCAAUACCCAGCAUAUUUAUAACGAAUAUACCAAGAUAAAACUGUCAGAGGUAAAAGACCAAUGAUUAGCAAGAAUAAACAAUAAAUCUGAUUACACUGAAAUUCCACAGUGUAAAACAUUCAAAUACUUUUCAGCUUGCAGUGCUUCAGAAAACUUCUAAACUUUAUCUGGCUUGGCAGGUAGCCCUUUACUUUUCAUUAAAUGUUGUGCUAAAUGGUUUUCGUUUUUGUUACUAAAUGCCUGAAGGUUACAGUAUGAAUGAUGAAACUGUACGCACUAAAUGCCCGAAUUGGGAUUGUGUCACUGAUACCUCUCUUUUUUUCGAAGUGCUUGACUGCAUGCCAGAAACUGUAUGUAUUGCUAUGGAAGCAAACAAUAUGCUCUGGAAUGCUUUAGGAUUUUGUCAGAGACUCCAGUGGAGAAUGUAAUCCGGGCAGUGUUUGAAUUUAGAAAGGUAGGUUGUGUAUGUAAAAGGUGAUGGAAACAAGAAUGGGAAAGCAGUUAUGGGAAAUGAGGGGAACGUGGUUCAUUAGGAAUUUAAACAGUAGGGUGUCUGACCAGAGAGUGUUCUUUGAAGAUCUUGUUUAAGCUGAUUACUCAAAUGUUAAUGUUAAUUCAGAGGCUAUAAUGCUUAUCUGAAACAUUAAAACUCCUUUAAGUACUGCAGCCCUGGAUGCUUUUUUAAAUAUUGAAGAAAUAAAAAAUACUAACUGUAAUACUUCUUGUGAUAUCAGUAAUUAAUCUGAAGAAUAUAAGGAGGCGAGUCGCUCCAAAACAGGUGCAGCUUCUCCAUUUUGGACUUCAAAUGAUCAUCUCUAAUCACUGUCCACUGUUUCAGUGGUACUCAUCUUUUAGUGUUAAGAACUAUUUGGUCUACUGUGGAAUCACCUGAGGACAUGUUCUUCAACACAACUUUUCUUAAUUGAUUAAUGUGUAUCACUCUAGAACAUCCAAAAAGGCAGUUCUAGGCAUUCAGCUUCUGAAAUGUUGUAAAAACCCUAAAUAACAAGUACAUUUUUUGAAAGCAGAUUAUCUCUUGUGUUACUUGCUGCUUUUACAGAUUGGACUAGCUUUCCCUUAUCUGCUCUUUUGAAACAGCAGAAGAGCACGGAAAGGUAGAUUUUCCAAGGUGCUUGCUCAGGGUUCUCAGACUAAACCUUCCCUUGGGAAGGCGAAGCAGAAAAUGAAAGGACUGAGCCAUGUGGUGAAGCAGAAUCCACUGCUGCUGUGUGAGCAGUGGCCCAAAAUAUGAGCAAAAAUGUUUACUGGAAGGGGGCAGUAAAUAGAAGGCACAAAGUGACCGGGGAAAUGAACAGACAUCUAAUGAAAGGCAAAAGGAAACGAACUAAUGGUCAUUGCUGUGUCACGUAUUGAAAGUUGAAUAGUACUGUCCUUGCGCCUUUGGAGCUACUAGACAACAAGGCAAGGGUAUCUGUGACUUCCCUCUUGUAACAUCGUGAUUUACUGCAUAAAUAAGGUGUGACUGUUUUAUGCCCACCAGCACCUACCUCUCCCUGGGCACAGUCCAUAUCUGUGUCCCAAUACUUGUGUGUGACACCUUGGAGUUCUCCCUAAACGUAGGGCAAUAAGUACUAAGUGCAGUGCCUCUUUGUCCUAGCACUGGUGCAGAGCCACAUUUACUCUUUGUUUUCACAUUUGUUAGAGCUAUAUUAAAUUAAAAAAAUGAACACAAAAUCCUGCAAUUUUCAGUCGUUUCUUUUGAUUCCAUCAAAGCAUCUGAUUGGACAUUCCUAGCAUGCAGUAAUGUGUAACAACUUUCCUGUCCAGAACAAAUCUGACUAUUAGAUGCUGGAAGAGGAUAAGAGAUAGUAAUGAUCUUUGCUUCUAUUUUGAACCUUUUGUAGACAGUUUUAGGCUGUAAGCAAAAAUACUGUUACAACAUUCGACCUCAGUGGGGUUUUGCAUUCAAAGAUGAAACAAUUCAACUUCAUUUCUCUAUUAGCCUGUGUAAUUCUUUGCUCUGGUUGUCUGAGAAAUGUUGCAUUAUACUGAACUCAUUGUUUAAAACUUCCACAUCUGAACAAAACCUCUCCUUUUGCUUGUUCAUGCUAUGAAAGAUGUUUGUGACAGCAUUUCUGAAGAAUGUCAUCUGAAAAAUGUGAUUUCAUGAUAGAUUCUGGUUAUUGGAUGUUGUGGGUACUCAGCUCCUUCAUUUUUUUUCUUGCAUUUAGGCACAGAGUCAAACCAAGACUUGGAUUCAAAUUUGUAGUUCCAAUUUCCAGGGAAAAAAUGGUUGUGUAAUACUGCUGUAUGAAACAAACUCAUAGCUCUACUGGUGAGAAAGAUGCAGUACAGAUCUGUAUUAGAUAGCAUGAGCAAUACCGAGAAGCAGAGAGAACUCCUGAUAUGGAAGAGGCUUGUACAACCAGCCUCCUUGCUGAGUAAGCUUUAUUAUGAAAUAUUUAAUUGAAAUUAUUGAUUUGCCUUUAGCUUUUUGAGAAAAAGAGUUCAUCUUCCUCCUAAAAGAACCACCUAAAAGAAAAAUCUGAGCUAUGAAACAUUUAGUGCUUGUUCAUGUCGGGCUUCCAUGGAAAUCACUGGAAGGUGAUCCUGAGUACAAACUGUAGUGUGAUACCCUAAUACUGGUAGGGUUUUCCCUAGCACUGACUUUGGUCAUGUGUGUUUUUUGCCAUCUUGAUAAGCAAAUUUCCCCUCUUCAGUCACUGAAGCUGUAAUAUGUGAAUUUUCUAAUAAAAGCUUUGAUUCGUACUCUUUUUCACAAACGUACAAGUUUUGGGUUUUUUUUUUCUCCCCCACAGGCUAUUUACUUGGCUUGCAUGUUUUCUAUCAGCAUCACCAAACUGCUGCAGAAGAUGUUUUCUGCUUUGGUUGUCUUUGUGUUAUGUGCACUGGUUCAGUUGAUGGCUACUUUGUGUUCUACCAUGCCGGCUUUGACCAAGUUAGUCGUUACCCUCCAAAAGACCAAGGUUCUUACCAGUGUUGAGCUUACAACUGGAAUUGUAGAAAUGUUCAUAGUGUAAAUUACAGUACGAUGCAGACUACAGUGCAGGUGAAUUGUAAUUUUUCACAACGUGAUGUUUCUAUCCAAGUUUUUUUAUUUACCAAUAGCAAGGUUGGCAUUUGUGUAGACCAAUCUGCAGUGUCAUUUAAAAACCUAUCUUUCAUCUUGAGAUUUUCAUGAGUAUACAUCAAAUCAUGUGCUUUGAUGUAUAUUUGUUGGUGAAAUUUUGGGGAAAACUAUAUACAGUCAUUUUUGUAUUUUUUUCUAUGUUGUGAAGAAUAAAAUUGUAAUUUUCUAAGUCUGAUUCACUAAGAUUAUUAUAAGUUAAAUGUAUUUUUUGUAUAUUUAGGAAUCUGGUAUUACGUGGAGCUCUGAAAGACUAAGCAUAAAAUUUUAUGCAUGUUUGGAAGAUAUUUCUACUUGACAAUGCGGUGAAAUGGUUUGUAUGCUGAAAUACUAGUCUGUGUUGUUGCCUUGUGAAACUGAUUCUGUGCUCUCUGCCUGGAUUUGGCCUACUGACCAGUGAUACUAAUUGCUAUAAUCCAAAUAAAAUAAUUCCAAACAAAA